GCCCCGGAUGGCUGUGCCUCACCAGGAGCUGGGUCUAUGCUGCCUCUUGCAUGGAGUGGCAGGGUUUUCCCUGAGUUGACAGAGAACGUGUGCAGAUUGCUCUCCACUAACAUGCCCAUGCCCACAGCCAUGGGCUCAGGUGAAGAAUGGAACCCUAGAUGUCUUCCAGGUGGGAGAUGCCAUGUCGUAGCUUGAGGGUGAGGGCCAGGAGGAGGGUGUGUCAGGUGAGUGAACACCAGCAGGGCCCAGCACCUGCUGUCCGAGUGGCCAAGAAGCUGAGGUUGGCUCCUGCUGAGGUUUGAGCUUCUGUACUUUGGAGGAGUCAGUGCUGAGGUGGGCACCCUGGGGGGAGAAGCAAGCACCCUUAGGAGGGUGGUGUGAGGGAGGACACAGUGAUUAUGAGUGGUCCAGGUCACCAGGGACUGCAGGGAAGCAGGCAGAGGUCCUGUCUGGGCAGCUCUGGGACUUGGGCAGGGAGGUUGAGGGGGCCCAGCUGAUCUGAGAGGUGGAAAAAAAAUAUAUGAGACCACAGGUGGCCAGGUGUGUGGCGGCAGCCCCCCCAGGGUCCUGUCAGAGCCUAGACCUCUGAAUAAUCAGUUUGCACUGGUGGAACAGGUCACAAGGCCACUGUCACAGAGGCUCGGGAGGGACAUUGAGCUCCACAAGAACUCCAACUGCCACCCCCUUCAUGCCACCCCAGACCAAGCUCUAAAAUCAGAUUCCCCUUUCAUCUCUGGAGGGAGCUCUAGUAGGCUCUGCUGGGGCUGCAAGUGGCCUGGGCCCAGUCAACUUUCUCAGCCUGGGCUGGCAUGUGAGCCCUGCCCAAAGCCUGGGACAGGUGGUCUGACCAGCACCCAGUCCCCAUGCCUGAGCCAAGGGCCAGGACUGUGCCUUCCCACACCCCUCUGGGGUGUGUGCGUGCUGAGCUGCAGGAGUUGGGUCUGCUCCACAAAGAGACCUUUGUGUGCCUGCUGCGCCCUGCACGGGUGCCUGAGCUGCGGGAGAGAGCAGGGUCGUGCCUCUGGGGCUGCAGGGGGUGUGGAGGGGGCUGGCUGGCCUAGAAAAGAAAUCCAGCGUGUCGCGUUUCCUGCAACGUGAGCCUGGACGGGCCGGGUGCAGAGGGUCCGAGGCCACCUCGAGGACGCACAGGCUGGGAGGAUGGGGCCCAGGACAGCCCCCACCACCUCCGGUCCUUCUCCCGGAGCUGGGCUUAGCUGGGGGCAUCCGCAAUGGGGCGGCAGGCUGAGUUGUUACCUGAGCCCGCCUUGCUGCCCCUGAAACCCGAGACUUGUGCGCGGGUGUUGGUGUCGUUUCCGAGGAUGGCGAUGGUUUCCAGAUGCAGGAGGGAAAGGAGGGGACGCGACCCGGAACCCAGGAGCCAAAUGAGACCGCCAGCGGUCAGACCCUCAUCCUGUCUCUGGCAAAUGAGUAGGGGCCUGAAGGUCGGGGUGCCAGGACCAUGUUCAGGGAGAAAGGUCCAGGGGGCGGGGCCACACCUGGCCGGUGCGACCGGUGCAGCAUACCCGCCAGGUGUGGAGGAGCAGUUGGGCUUCGGUGGCAUCCCUGACUGCUGGGGGGUUCGGCCUGGGAUUGGCGGGUCCUAGGUGAUGUCAGGCCGACAGAGCCCAUAGGCCAGCAGCGACCGGGCGGGCGAGGGCCGGGCUGUAACCUGAGAGGAAGGAUCAGGUAACGCAGGUGUCGGAUCCUUGCCGCCCCCGCCGCCAGGUGCACAGCGGGGGCCACCGGCACAGUCGCAGCCGAGCUCCCGCGACCACCACAACGGGCUGCGGAGGCAGGACUCCGGCCGCAAGUCCCGGACCUUCAUCAAGCAGCCCAGCACGGGGGACUACUACCGCCAGCUGGGCCGCUGCACCGGGGAGCCGCUGGCAGCACGCCCGGGCAUGGCGCACAGCGAGGAGGCGGCUCUGCUCCCGGGGAACCACGUGCAGAACGGCUGCACCGCGGACUCCAAGCCGUCCAUGGAGCUGCCGCCGCCGCCCCCGCCGCCUCCGCCGCCCCUGCCGGAGGCCCAGAGCUCGCUGCCGCCUGCCCCACCUCUGCCCUUGGAGGGCGCGGGCUCCGGCUGCGGGCAGCGCCGCUCCUCGUCGUCCACCGGCAGAUGGGGCACUGCUCUGCCUGACAGGCUUCCUGGAAGGUGCCCCCAACCCAGACCAGCAGAAGCGAGAGUCCUGAGGCACAGGAAGAGCACUAAGUCUUUCAACAUGAUGUCCCCAACGGGUGACAACUCAGAGCUACUGGCUGAGAUCAAGGCAGGCAAGAGCCUGAAGCCAACACCGCAGAGCAAGGGGCUGACCACAGUGUUCUCAGGCAGCCGGCAGCCAGCAACCCAGCCUGACACACAGGUGCCACCUGUGUCACCUGCCCCAUCUCGGGCCCGGAGCCCCACUCCACCAGCCGUGGGGCCUCAGCCACUGCUCAAUGGCAGCAUAGUGCCCGCACCACCCACCACCCCUGCGCCAGGUGUGCAGCUCAAUGUGGAAACUCUCGUCCCCAUACACGAUGAGCAGGGCCGGCCCAUCCCUGAGUGGAAGCGCCAAGUGAUGGUGCGCAAGCUGAUGGUGAAGAUGCAGGAGGAGGAGGAGCAGAAGCGGAAGCUGACAUCGGCUAGCUCCUGCUGCUAUCCCCCGGAGGGCUGGAGGUACUCCCAGGAGCACAACGCCAUCCUUGGGCCCUUCGGGGAGCUCAUGACUGAGGCUGACGUCCUCCGCAUUGAGCAGCAAAUCGAGAACCUGCAGGUACUGCACAAGGCUCAGAAGCUGGAAGCGCGCCUGCGACAGCUGGAGCUGGAGCUGGAGCAACUGCUGCCCGUCUCAGCCGCCCUGUCGGCUCCACGCUUCACCAUUGACCCCCGCCGCAUGCACGGCCGCGCCGCCAGCCUGCCCGCUUGGUGCAGCAAGAUCUCCACGCUGCUCAAGAGCAUGGCCACGCUACUGGCCGCACUGGGCGGACGGCCCGCACACCUGGCGGAGCUGCUGACGGCCGAGACUGGCCAGCCGCUGGAGCCGCUGCCUGAUGCACCCUCACGACCAGGGCCGCUUUGCUUGGGCCGCUCGCACUCUCUCAGCUGGUGCCGGGAGGCCGUGGCGCGCGAGAUCCUCGAGUGCGGCGUUUCGGUGCAGCAACUCCGAGCCACCUAUGAGCUGCGUGCCCAGGGCGCGGCGUCCACCAGCUGCCAGCACCACAAGUUCCCGCAGCCGGCCAGCACUCCAGACCGUGAGCCCAUCCUGGAGGAGGACUACGUGGCUGCCGGCUCCGAAGAGCAGAGCGCUGCGGUGGCAAACGGACUACUGGACUCUGAAGAGCCCUUGGGUACCUUGGGCCUGCCUGAGGUGCAGGACCCCCAGGUGGCACUGCCAGAGCCCGAGCAGAUAGCGCACAGGCCGCCACUCUCCACUGAGCUGCCCGGCGUCCAGGACUACAUCGACAUGCGCAAAGAGCGCAUUGUCUACCUUUUCCUGGAGCAUUGGCGCAAGUGGACCUUCCGGGGCCCUGGGCGCCACACCCAGGUGCGUCUGCGCAAACUUCUGCCUCGCAUUGUGGCAGCAGGCGCUGGCACUGUCCCAGAUGAAGAGGUAGCCUCCCCGCCCCCGGAGGGCGACAAUGAGGCCUACGGUCAGGAUAAGCGGUGGCGGCACUUGCUGAAGCAGAGGCAAGUGGUAGGCAAGUUGCUGGGUCACUGGCGGAGUCUGCUACAGCAAGUACCCGCACGGCAACCACGAGGCCCAGGCCUGGCGCAUGGCCUGUACUGGCCCCAGCACUUCCUGCCACCCCUGGACGGUGGCACCCCUCGACACUACGACAGCCUCACGCUGGACCUCUUCAUGCUUGGCUACUUCCAGCUGCUAGAGAUGCGCCUGAGCCGCGAGGAGCGCAAGUUCCGCCAUUUGCUGUGUUAUGAGAUGUUCGACCGGCUGGGCAGCCACCCGUGGGAGCUCAUCCGCCUCUUCCACCGCCUUGUGAUUGAGGAGGUGGAGGCCGGCAGGCGCAGCUGGAGCGAUGGCUUCGAGGACCUCAGGUGCCAGUUCUUUGGAGACAGCCCAGAGGCUGAGCCGGCCAGGGAAGAAGAGAAGGAAAAAGAGGAAGAGAAAGAAAAAGAGGAGGAGAAGGAGCCCCCCGAAGAGGCUGUGCCAGCUGACAUGGAGGACCUGACAGAGGAGCAGCCAGAGGCCCCUGCCCCAGCACCACAGCCCCUUCCUGCCACCCAUCCCCCCAACUCAGACCCAUCUUGUCUCCCAGCCCCUGCUGAGGACCCUUUGGAGUUGGUGUCUGAGAUGGGCGAGUUCAGCAAUGAGGACAUCUGUCGCUACAUUGACCGUAGCUUCUCUUUCUGGAAAGAGAAGGAGGCAGAGAUGUUUGACAUCUGAGCAGUGAGUUCAGAAUUUACUCUUGAGCAUCUUAACGUGGGUCUGGAUACCUGCAUGAUGCCCUCCAGAAGCCAGAAGCCAGCAGGGGCUGGAAGAACCCAGGACCGGUGAAAAGCUGCUUGCUCAGGACCAGGCUGCCUCAGCCUUCAAGGUCCCCUCUAGACAGGAAAUGGGGCAUUUGCCUGUAUACGCAAGGCAUGGCACCUGGCAAAGCUGGGUGUUCCCCUCUAGCCCCAUUGCUGAGCUCUGUGGGGAGCCAGGUAGCAGAAUCAGUCCCUCAGAGAGUGAGGGAUCAUGGCCCUAUCUUGGGGCACUGUGGCUGUGUCUCUGGCUUUUCAAUGGGUUUGCAGCUACCUCCUUGGCCACCUGUGGUGUUCUGUGUGAUGUGUGAUGUGGACAGACUCUCCUCUGUGACAUCCAAGGAAUAAAGCCCUUUGCUGUAA